AGUAAUUAACUCCAAUCAUCCGUCCCCUUCUUACCAAACAGAGCCGCCGGAUCUCAAUAAAAACAACCACCAAUACGGAACCUCAAACUUCAAACCCCAAUUCCCAAUUCUAUAUUCCCUCUCUCCAUAGCUCCCGGAGCAAGAAGAAGACGACGAAGAAAAGUAGCUAAGCAUUCUCCUUCGAGCUGCGAAGCCCAACGGAGAUCCGCCGGCAGUGAAUAAGGUAGAAAAUGGGGUUCUUUUCGUUCCUGGGAAGAGUACUCUUCGCCUCCAUCUUCAUCCUCUCCGCCUGGCAAAUGUAUAAUGACUUUGGGGAGGACGGCGGGCCUGCUGCAAAGGAACUGGCUCCCAGGCUGGCUGUUGCUAAGAGAUUUCUUACUUCCAAGUUUGGGGUAUCGCCAAACAUCGAUGCUAAGCAUAUUGUUGCAGCCUCUCUGGUGCUGAAAGGAGUGGGAGGCCUUGUGUUUGUAUUUGGCAGCCCACUUGGUGCUUAUCUGCUGAUGUGUUACUUGAUCUAUAUCACUCCAUUUCUUUACGACUUCUAUAACUACAAAUUGGGAGAGUUACAUUUUUUCCCUCUUCUCCAUGACUUCCUGCAGAAUGUGGCACUUUUCGGCGCAUUGCUCUAUUUCCUUGGAAUGAAGAACUCCAUUUCUAGGAGGCAGCUCAAGAAAAAGACGACAAAGCCAAAGGCAGCUUAGACGUGUCCGAGCGUGCGCGUGUUGUACCAUUGUUUACUGUUUACACAGAAUCAUUUUUUUGUAGCAAUAUUCAUACUAUGUCCCUUUUCUAUGUUCUCUGUUUCUGCAUUUUCUGCACAACUUAAUGAAUGUAUGGGUGUGGAAUUGUGGGUUAAUGGUGUUAUUUAGAGUAUCAAAACUUACCUUCAUGACUACUGUUUGCUGUGUAUUGUGGACCUCUUCUUUUCAACUUUAUGUUCCAGUAGUUUCAAUUUUAGUUACUAUAUUUCACUCUCUGGAUUAAAUUUAUCACUGCCUU